AUGCCUUGGGACCGGUAUGAGCUCGGCCAGAAGAACAUCUUCUAUGAUGAAGAGAUACACUUAAUCGGCAAAGUGCUACCUCCGCGCGUAGUGCGCGUGCGAAGAUGCAUGCUGGACUUUUCCUGCCCAAUCCGUGGUCACAAAGAGUUGUUCGAUGCUGUUUCCAGUGACGGACAAAUCAAGCGCCCAAGCGACGGCUCAGACAUAGAUCCUGCUUUGAAGGCCGCCAGCAAUGCCUUCAAUAAAGCUACCAGUAUAGUUAAUGGCGGCUACUUGGAAAAGAAAUGGGAGAAUUUUUUCGAGACACAUUUCUUUGAGCCUCUUAGCGAUAGUCUUUCAGUGUCCAAAGACGAUUCUCGACGGGUCUCUCGAUGUAACUACUACUACGAUGGCGUGAAAAGAGAAACCAAUGAGUUGUGGGACUUAUUUAAGACGAAUGGCACCCCUGGCAUUGGGUCCUUUGAGAGCCUCAAAUGCCCAAAACCAGAUCAGGCAUUCUACCUGCCCAUGUACCACUCUGGGUUUCAGAUCGGGAUUCCGACGGUAGUGGAUCGCGAGGCUCGGCAAUGGAACCUCCAUCAAGAAACAUCCAUCAUGGAGCCCUUUUCAUGGUCAACUUUGAAGAAGUUGCAUGAGUUUGGCCUGCAGCCAACCCCUUUUCGAAUUUUUCAGAAACCACCCAUGGAGGCAAAUCUCAAAUGCUAUCCUUGGCUCAUUGUCGAGCACAAAAAGGAGGAAGAGAUAGAGGGAAGAUCUGGACGCGUUGUGUGUUGCCAGGCCGCCAAUGCCGCGGCGUGCGCCAUCAGACUGGUCCAAGAUGCAGCGCAGUACGCCGUCGAGCUGCCGGAUCACGGGCACAUCCCACCGAUUCCAGUAGUGACGACCAUCGGGCCCCGUGUUACGGUCUGGCUCAUGUACUUUGCCAAGAACUUUGAUGCGCCUUGUACCCGUAGGGACACGCAAGAGGUGAUGACUAAAAAGCGUGACAAGGGCUACAUCAUGCGAACCAUUUGGAGCGGCGACAUGACCAGAAUUGCUGAUGUUGUGAGGUUUCAGAUCAUCUUGGAGAACACGCACACCUGGGCUGUGCGAGCCUUCAAACCUUUGAUAUCCUCAUACAUUGAGCAAUGGGAUCAUGUACACUGUAGGUCAAGUUUCGACCGUGAAGCUACUCAAAGCCCAUGGAGCGAGGUAAUGCUCCGUCGUCACAAGACCACCGAGCAACGCCGAAAAGUUCUGCCUAUAGUUCAGGCACUACUAGAAGACCACGCCACCAUGGAGCUUGACAACACGGCUCAUCAAAAGGUAACACCAUUGCUUUUGGGUUUGCUUAUGCACCAAAUUUGCUCGUCGGAGAGGGAGUUUCUAUCUGAUGAAGUCGAUCGGGUUGUCAGGGAGAAGUUGGUGGCUCUCGGUCUGACCCAGGAGCUGCCUGCCACCCGUCACCCGCAAACCAAGGCAACCCAGGCAUCCGUCGAGACCGAACUUAAACAGACAAGCCCCGUAACUCAGAAGCCGCCGAUUGACAACGAUGACCCCAAUGAUUCCGACUACAGGGAGUCAUGGGCUGCGUCAUCCCUUGAAUUUCCUGAUAAAGACGCUACGGUCGCCGAGGCUUCUGAUGCUGAAGCUUCAAUUGCCCAGUCUUCGGACCAUGAAUUCUCUGAAAAAACGACAACCCUGUGGCGCCAUGGGAAAUCUAUGACAACACCACGGCCAAGAUCUUCGACAGGUGGACGUUCUAGCUUAAAAAGUCGCGACUCGGCACCGUUCUCUAGAAGCACAAUCACUGCGUCAGCCGAGACCACACCCACGCCAAACACCUCGAGGGGUCGAAUCAGCACCAGCUCGCCUUGUCAAAGUUCAGACUCACCGCGACGGUCGCGGGAUUUUGAAAAGCCAAGUAACGGGGCACCCUCUGGCUCACCUGUGUUUGCUGGCAAGCCACCACUGGUGCGGUGGGCAUGGUCACCUGGAAGACAGUUUGGCCAAGGAAAUGAUCCAGAAUCUUCUGGUAUUCGGGAGAAUCCCAAGGAGAAAAGUGUAUUCAAUUUCGGUGCCGCGCUGAACCACUCAGUCAUUGCGGACAGUCAGGAGUCGUCUGAUGCAUUUUGA